AUGCUGGAGAAUUCAGAUGAGCCUCCUCUUUUUGACCCUCGGCGCCAGACACAGACGCUGUUCAAGGUGCAGUUGUACUUCUGUUCCAUCUUGGGUCUAGUGAUUUUCCUCACUUUCUGUCUGGUCAGAUACAAGUUUCCCCUGUUAUAUUCCGUGCGUCCGUAUCGCAACAAGAUGAUACGCAGGCUCCCCAAAAGCUUUUUUGGCUGGAUCAAGGUUCUCCAUUCGAUCUCAGGAGACGAAAUAAUCCAGGUUGCCGGGCUUGACGCUUACGUGUUUCUGUGUUUCUUUCGCAUGGGAAUACGGAUUUUUUGUACCAUGACUGUUGCCGGAUUGCUGGUUCUGAGUCCCGUGAGGUAUCUAUUGACCGGUAAGUUUGAUAAGGAAAUGACCAAACUGCAGCUAUUUUAUGGCAUAAUGACGGGAUCAGCCAAAACAGCUGCCAAACAUGACGAUUCAGAACCGACAGGAUACCUGGUGGUGUGCACGAUCUUCACGUACAUCUUCACAAUAACUGUUUUCUUUUUCCUUUUCAAAGAGACUCUGCACAUCAUCAAAACCAGGCAACGCUGUCUGGGCUCGCAACGGUCGGUUACGGACCGAACAAUCGUGAUCUCCCAUAUUCCUGACUCGCUGAAAAACGAAGAGGCCUUGAAAUCGCAUAUCGAGACCUUGGGGGUCGGUAACGUUGAGAAAGUCACGCUUGUUUAUGACUACACGAAAUUGCGAAUUUUGUUUGACCGUCGCGCAGAGAUAGUGCACAAGCUGGAGCAGCUGUACUCAAUUUAUUAUGGACUCGAGGUUCACAUUUUCAAGGACGUGGAAACCCCGUCUGCGAAACUGAAGUCGGACCUGCUGAGCCAGGAGCUUGAUCUGGAUGCCUCUGUGCCGCUCCCUAAGGCUUACGACUCGAAGAAAAGAGAAAAGAAGUGGCCUACUGGCAGAAUUGCUGCGUUUGGCCCCAAAAUUGAUCUCUUUGACUACUAUUGCCAGGAACUCAUCCAGAUAGAUCAAAACAUUAAGGUGUUGCGCGAGAAGGGGGAUUUUAAGCCCAUUCCUUUGGCAUUCGUGACAAUGGACUCUGUCAGUGACGCCCAGAUGGCUGCGCAAGCCGUCUUCUCGCCUAGAGCAUUCCAGCUCAUCACCUGCCUAGCACCGGCUCCUUUGGACGUCAACUGGGACAACUUACAUCUCAGCUCGAAAUCCGUAUUCAUUAGAAAGAAUAUCGUUGAACUAAUCAUCAUCGCUUUUAGCAUCUUGCUCAUUAUACCUAUUCGGUAUCUGUCUUCGCUGCUUAACGUUAACGCUAUCAAAAGGAUAUGGCCCGAAUUUGGUGAUUAUCUGAUCAAGCAUGAAAUUCUCAGAACCAUUGUGACCGGUAUUUUGCCCACCUACUUGUUUACGCUGAUCAACAUCGCGCUCCCAUACGUUAUUUCCUUCCUCUCCAAUUUGCAAGGUCUGGUUUCCAAAGGCGACGUUGAUCUUUCAAUAACCCGCAAGAACUUCAUGUACAUUUUCUUCAAUUUGUUUCUAGUGUUCACUCUGUUUGGUACUCUGUCUAGCUACAAGGCUUUGUUAUCCGAUACUACGAAAAUUGCGCCUUUGCUGGCGACCUCGAUCAAAAGUCUCUCACUGUUCUACAUUGAUUUGAUCCUGCUGCAGGGUCUGGUUAUGUUUCCGGUCAAGCUGCUCCAGACAGGAGAUCUCGUGUAUAUUUUUUGGGAGUACGUUUUGCGUCACUCGUGGCAGACUCCUAGAAGCUACAGAGACCUCUUUUACAAGCCCGCAAUAUUUGAGGUUGGGCUCAUUUUGCCCCAGCAUCUGCUCAUUUUCAUCAUCACCAUCAUCUACUCUGUGAUCUCUACGAAAAUUCUCACCUCGGGCAUGGUGUACUUUGUUAUUGGAUACUAUGUCUACAAGUAUCAGCUUGUGUACUCUAUGGUCCAUCCAUAUCACAGUACAGGGAAGUUGUGGCCCAUAGUGUUCCACAGGGUGUGUCUGGGGAUGUUAUUUUUCCAGCUGCAAAUGCUUGGCACCCUGGCAUUGGAGCAGUCGUUUGUGCUUGCUGCGCUAGUCGUGCCUCUGCUACCGAUGACGGUUGUGGUGGUUCUCUUCUUCAACCGCAAUUACCUGCCGUUGCUCUUCUACAUUGCUCUAGACGCGAUAAAAACCUCGGGCGAGUCUGCAGAGACGGACGACUCCGAUGAACUUGGCUCUUUUCUUAGCUCCUCCGACGGGGCUGGCGGCAAAUCACGGUCCAGACGCAAGUCUGUGGUCAUGCGCACUCCAUCAGAAUCUCCAAGUCCUUCGCAUACAGAUCCUGAAGCUCUUUCUGUACAUGUGGUGCGCAAACGCAGGAGCACAAUUGAUGAGGCGCGCGAGGCAUGUCAGAGCUACAUAUAUCCAUUGUUGAAGGAGCAGCUGGAUGGUCCCUGGGUCGGGUUCGAGGGCGACGACAUCGACGUUGUCAGGUACUACGCUACUGAGUCUCAGAUCGUUUUGGACAUUGUCAGACAGAAGGUGUCUUCUAUUGAGUACGACUAA